AUGCAAAGAAACAAGAUAAAAGUAGAAAAUAACAUAAAGUGCGUUAUCCAGAACAAGCAGAACUUGUCGUUAAUAGGAAUUAACCUGAGUCCUGACAAAACAUUUUUCUUGCCUGAAGGAAUAGCAGAAUACACCUCAUGGUAUAUAGAUGGAAAAUUUGUAUCACAAUAUGGGACCGAAGUCCCGAGUAUAAGACCACAAGGGAAAAAGCCCUAUGAUGACCUAUACGCAAUUGCAAAAGGAACUGCCACAUUACUUCAGACCCCUGUAAUCAAUCAUCUAGGGGCAACAGCUACACUGCGUAUAGGUGUGGCAGCCUGCAAACGAGUGUGGAGGCUGAAAGAAUACGCCACAAACCUGCGGAGAAUGUUUCCUUGA